AUGAAUGCUGGUUUACAAUUAAAUCGACAGYUACAAUAUUCUUCAGAUGUGAAGAGCAGGACCGUUUGGUUUAUUAAUUUGAGAAAUGCAGGAACUCUGAGUGACCCAAGCUCUUUAGAUGAGACCACUUACGAAAGAUUGGCUGAGGAAACACUGGACUCCUUAGCAGAUUUCUUUGAGGACCUGACAGAUAAGCCUUUUACCCCAGAAGAUUAUGAUGUAUCUUUAGGGAGUGGAGUCCUAACAGUUAAAUUGGGUGGAGACAUGGGAACRUAUGUAAUCAAUAAGCAAACACCAAACCGCCAGAUUUGGCUGUCCUCACCCACCAGUGGGCCCAAGCGCUAUGACUGGACUGGACGGAAUUGGGUGUAUUCUCAUGACAGAGUAUCUCUUCAUGAACUACUAUCAAAGGAGUUUUCAACAGCUUUAAAAACUAAAUUGGAUUUGUCCUGCUUAAUAUAUUCUGGGAAAGAAGAUACUUGAUUAUACUCUACCUCAUGGGAGUUAAAAGACUUUAACCUCAA